AUGGAAACCCUCCCGGCGUCCAUUGUUGGGUUUCCCUUGUUGCUUGCUCAGCGCCGCUCCAGUCUCUACCUGCUCCUUUGUUGCUCUGAUCUUCAAGUCAUCACCGACACAAUGGUGAACACACGUACUCUAUUCUCUCUAUCCCUCCUCGCCUCCGCCACCCUUGCAAAUGUCCUGGGUGGCGAGGAGCAGUGUGACUGCCCACUCGAAAAGCGGGUGGUGCGUUACAUUGUUGUCGAGAUGCCCGACCAAGAAGCUCCUGUAGAGGAGCUGCCAGAAGAGGUUGUUCGCGGCGGCGUCGAAACUCCCGUCAACACUACUACGACUUUCCCGCCGUGCAAGGCCCCUGACGUCGACACCUCAGACAAGAAGAACAUCAUCCCGGCACCCCAGGUCACCCUGUUCUACGGCGAUGACGGCAGCAAGCCCACUUCUCCCCCGUUCGCCAACAGCACUACCGGUCACAACACGACGGUACCUGCGCCUCAGGGGUCUAUCAACAUGACCUUGACAACCAACAACUCCUUCGUCGCUCUCGAGUACAUUGACUCCAUCACCAAGGUCAAGUGUUCCAAGGACCUCCUUACCGUCAAGUUCUCAGACAUGGAGGCUUUUGACAUCGCCGCCAAGAACUGGGAGUCGCUUGAAUCUGGCCUGAUCAUUGUCACCAACGGCCAGGGCAACUGCAAUGACGAGUUUGAACGUGGCUUCUUCAAGGUCGAUGAUGUCAAGCCCAAUCAGGAUGACCUGUCUAUCACCUGCACGGCCUCCUCCCAGAAGAUUGAGCAGGUCGCCGACACUUGCGAGAUGACAUUCUCGUCGCUGCCUGCCGCCACCCUUCGCAAGCGCAUCAACCUCAACCCCAGCACCUCACUCUCAUUCAAUAGCGCCCUUCCCGGAAACACGACUCUGCUGGACUUGGAACCGUACCUCGAGAUCACUGCCGAUCAAGCCUCUUUCGACUCUACUGUUACGUUCUCCGGCAAGCUCAACUACGACUUUUGGAGCUUCAAGCUCAAGGAACUUUACUUCGAUCUCGAUGCCAACUUCAAGGCCGAUGUCGCACUAUCGGCCAGCGUUCAAGCUGCCUAUGCGCAAAACUUUGAGUAUUCUCCUGAUGAUCUCGAGUACACCCUCAUCAACGUCCCUGGUGUUGUCGCCCUUGGCCCCGGUGUCGCAUUCGGGAUCGGCGUCAAUCUUUCCACAUCUGGUGCUGUGGAUGUCCACACCGCGCUCGGUGUAGCCAUGCCCAGUGGAAAUGUCCACAUCGACUUAGUCAACAAGGACCGAGGCACCACCGCCACUGGGUGGGACCCCAAGUAUACUGCUGCCGCCAACAUCUCACAAAAGGCCGAGGUCGACGCCGACGUCUACGCCUCCUUGACCGUGUCAUUGGCCAUUAAGGUUCUGGGUGGAUUAGUCGAUCUCUCUACCGGACUGACGGCUCAACCCCGCAUCAACAACCGCUUCACGCUCGACGGGAACCAACAGCUGAGCGUUGGUGGAUCCGCCACUACCAAGCCUGUCGGCAGUGUCCUGCAGCCUGUUUCCGGCCAGGCCGGAUGCGGGCAGGGCGUCGGCAUCAAGUCUGACUUUUUAUUCAAGCUGAAGGGUUUCAUCACCAAGUACUGGUCGCAAGACCUCUAUGGCGUGGAGGUUCCCAUCGUCAACCAGUGCUACAACUUCACUCAGCAGUAA